CGGCUAGUAUGUGUCAAGUGUCUGAGGUUAAAGUUUAUGUUUUUAAGCUUUGGAAGAAAAAGAAUUUCAGACUACCUGUUUUAUACUCAGGAACACAGGGGAAUGGAGUACCUAAGCAGAUUAAGCUUCCCAUUUUAGGAGUGAGGGGAGUUAGGGUACAGCCUAUUGCUUUCUAAAAGAGGUUGAAUGGUUUAGGGGAAAGAGUACUGGACUUGGAAAGCAUUUUUUUUUAGGUGCCUACCAUGUGCCAGGCACUGUGCUAAACGCUGGGGAUACACAGAAAGGCAAAAAGACAGUCUUUGCUCUUAAGAAGCUCAGUCUCUGGAUCUGUUAUGUAAAAAGGAAACUCUAAACUUCAGUUUACUCAUCUAUAAGAUGGGAGUGACUUUGUUCCGCCUAACUAACUGGGGGCGGGGGGCAUUGUGAGCCAAGUGUUUUAAGUGUUGCAUGAAUGUGAGGUAUUAUUCCUGCCCCCAGCAUUCCCCACCCUUUCACUGGAGGUAGCCUUGGCGUACUACUGCAUCUGGCCAUUGCUGUAGAGUUGUCUCGAUGACACGACGCAUCCUCUUUCCAGCUGUGACCAAUCCUUGCUCUACGUUCCAUUCCCCUUGAAUGCCCAACGAGCCAGAGACCCUCUGGCCGACAGGUGGCGCUGUCCUUAAGGGGUCGCUAGUUUAGGGCCGGCACCGUGAGUUUGUCCCAGCCGCCGCUCCGUAGAUUCCUCGUCUCUAUCCCUCCACUUCCCCCGGGCUUCUCGCGCGCGUGCGUGCUGGGGUAGGCGAGUUGCUGCUGCACUGGCCGGAAAAAAAAUCAUGUCCUUCUUUCGGUCGCUGCGCCUUUUUCAGCACUUGGGGCCCCGGAGCCGGCCGGUGCCCCUGGGGUCCCGCCCCUUCCACGCGGGAGGCGUGGGGUCCGAGGCUUCGUCCAGCAAGGAGCACCUGAAGAAACUGAGGCGUAAGACUGGCUACUCCUUCACCAACUGCAAGAAAGCGCUGGACGCUUGUGGUGGCGAUCUGGCCCAGGCAGAAGCUUGGCUACAUAAGCAGGCCCAGAAGGAAGGAUGGAGCAAAGCUACUAAACUUCAGGGAAGAAAAACUAAGGAAGGGCUGAUUGGAUUGUUACGAGAAGGCAAUUCAGCUGUAAUGGUGGAGGUGAACUGUGAGACAGAUUUUGUUUCUAGAAAUUUAAAAUUUCAACAACUGGUCCAACAAGUGGCCCUUGGAACCAUGCUGUACUGUCAGAGUGUGAGGGAACAGCUCUCCACAUACAGCAAGGGUUUUCUAGAGACAGCUGAGCUCUCUCAGCUUAGAGCUGGACCUAACAGAGAAGACUCUCUCAAGGACCAGUUGACAUUAUUUAUUGGCAAACUGGGAGAAAACUUGACUCUUAAGCGAGCUGCAUGGGUGACUGUACCAAAUGGAUUCUACAUUGGUUCCUAUGUACAUGGAGCAGUGCACAGUCCCUCCCUUGGUAACAUGGUGCUUGGGAAAUAUGGCGCACUAGUCAUCUGCCAGACAUCUGAAGAGAAAUCCAAUCUUGAAGACCUUGGCCGACGGCUUGGUCAGCACGUUGUAGGAAUGGCUCCUUUGUCUGUAGGCUCAAUGGAAGAUGAGCCUGGUGGAGAAGAGGAAACAAAGAUGCUCGCCCAGCCUUAUUUGCUGGACCCUAGCAUCACGUUGGGACAGUAUGUAAAGCCCCAGGGUGUGUCUGUGGUAGAUUUUUUGAGGUUUGAAUGUGGAGAAGAUUCAGGGGCAGCAAAAACAGAAUAGAUUCUGCAGACAUUCUGGACCUUAAAAUAUUAUUAACUGAGCCACUCGAUGUCUUGAGGGGGUUGGUUUGAUCAUUGGUUCAGCAAUACAUGUGAGCUGUUUCUCUCUGGGUUUAUGGUAAAACUGAAAAGGUAAUUCAAUGCAGUAGCUCUAAAUAAAGAUGCUUUCCUCCUUAUAGAA